CAGCAGACCGUAUCAAGAUUCCUGCUUUAUCCCUCUUCUUACUUCUUGCUUCCUCAUGCAUGUUACUGAUGGCUGGGUCAGACUGGAAAGCUGGAAGUGGGGCUAUCUUCAUCUACUCUCUCCCUUUUAAUGAUGGCCGAGUGCCCAUGGAAAAUGAUGCUUGCAAUUACUACAUCACAGCUUUGCCAGACCCCAAUGACAGUGACAGAAGUAUGGGGAUUCGGGUACUUUUCACCUCACAGAUUCACCUUUACAUUCUACAGGCACUUUUCAAGUCCCAAAUCCAGAAGAGGGACACAGAUGUCACCCUAUUAUUUGUAGGACUUUUGGAGAGAAGACCCUCAAACCAAAAAAGGUCAUUCCCAUGAUUUUCCUUCCAUCCAAAAGUGAACUCACAAUCUAGAUGGAGAAGGACCUUGUUUUCAUGAAGAAAUUCCUCUAGAGAGCAUUGGUUGGGUGCCCUACCAAUUACCAAAAAAAAAAUCAUUACAAAGCCAUCCUAUGCCUCUGCUGGGGGCAACUUUGAUCUACAUCUAGGUUCCUGGGGAAACUGCCUCCCAUCCUCCUCACCACAUUGAGGACUGGAGGCCAGCGGGAGUUUCCCAGUUGGGGUUUUUUUUUUAAUUGAGGGAGGGUGGUAUCAUCUGCCCUUGCUCCAACAACUAGGACCUGAAUCAGAAAAGUGACUCAGAGGACCUGAGUAAACACACUGAGUUCCUUUCUGAUUCUCAGAAACUGAGGGCCAGGUGUGGAUCUCCCAAGCCACAGGUAUAGCCUUUUCCACACAUUACUGGAACCCCCAGCAAGCUGGGCACUUGGAGAGUCCUUGUGCUGCAACCAAGCAGCGGAGAGGGAAAGCCUGAAGCCUUGGGAAUGAUGUCAGUUCACUUUCUAGUAGCUGAGCACCGCGUAUCUUCUCCUCACACCUGGAAGAAUGGGCGACGUGGAAAACAGGAGAUACUCAGUUCUUUUUCUUGGGUGGGCACUUGUGAUGCCCAUGGUUAGGCCAGAGUGGUGAUGUGCCUAUCCCAGUGCACAUAAUUCAUGCCUGAUUCUGAAAGCAGAAAUGUGAGAUUAUUUUUGGCCAAAGCUCAACUGAUUUGGGUUAGUGCGUGCACACAGUCUUCUGCUGAAGGCAAGUGAACCGAGUAUUCCUCAGUGACACGGUGUGUUAAUGCCAAAGGUCACCUGCCAGCUGUCGGAUGCCUGAACCUAUGGAUGCUUAACCAGCAGCUGAGUGAUGGGAAGCACGCACUGCUAGAGUGCCCAUUUGGGACAGGUAUGACAGAAGUACCCUAAUGUAUCCAAGGACCCGCUUCUUCCUGUGACAGUCAUCAUCGUGGAUGUAUCUACUGAAGUCCUUUUAGAACCUGGGAGUGCUACUCAGCCUGCGUGGGAGUCCAGCUACGAGGUUCAGGUCCCCAUUGGAGUGGGCAGCAAAAGGUUGUAGGCUGGAGUUCAGGUAUUAAAGAGGUCGUGAUGUCAAACUCAGGUUUGCUCACAUUCUGGACGAAUUCACCCUCUCUGUAUCCUUACCCCACCCCCACUCCCACUCCUACCCGGUUCCUCAGCAAUGACCUCAAAGACAGGGAGUGGACUGCUGCCUCCCUCCUGCAGAAGUGUAAGUAGCUCCAGCUAUGACGUUAUGGAAGCUCGGUCAGAGCUCUGAUUGGUGGAAGAGCUACUGCGGACCCCCCACACCCUCAAGAUCGAGAAUAAGAGACCACGGCUCUGGGGACAAGACGCCUACAGCCGUGUGUGUGUGCUCUUCUGCAGUGGACACUUCACUCUCGCUGUUCCAACACGGGCUAGCAGAGACAUCAUGGACUUUUGGAAGUUCUUUCCUUUUCUGGCUCUCAGCAGCAUAUGGGUCCUGUGCCUGGCCAGCAGCCUCCAGGCUGCCCCUUUCAGGUCCGCUUUGGAGAGCAGCCUAGACCUGGGCACCCUCGGCGACCAGGAAAAACAUCUCUUGCUUGCUGCACUGAUGCAGGACUAUGAGCAGAUGAAGGCCAGGAAGCUGGAACAGGAGGAGCAAGAGACUAAGGGCUCCCGUGUCACUGCUCAGAAGAGAUCCUGCAACACUGCCACCUGUGUGACCCAUCGGCUGGCAGACCUGCUGAGCAGAUCAGGAGGUGUGCUGAAGGACAACUUUGUGCCCACCGAUGUGGGCUCUGAAGCCUUCGGCCGCCGCCGCCGCAGGGACCUGCAGGCCUGAGUCACUAGCAGCUCCAGGAAGAAGGUGAUUUUGUACUCAGGAUUGGGAGAGGAAGGACUGGGGAGCUAAGAUCCACAUCAUGAAGCCCACCGACUGUUGUAGGACCUUGGGGUCCUAUAUAUUUAAUACUAGUUCUCUUCCUGAGGUAGUAAGUUCCUUCUCGAACUGAGUUUGAAAAUGAAAUCAGAAAGGCAGGAGAGACUGCAUAGAAGCAGUGCCUUGUUGCUGAGAAGAGAGAAAAAUGCUGCCUGGAUUUGGACAGGGAAGGACCUGCCAAUCUUACCCAGUGCCACACCUCACACAUGGGCCCAGCUUCGACAGGGCUCUACUCUUGGUUGGCAUUCCCCAGCUCAGACCACAGGGCUAUAAGCAAGUCACUACCAAGAUCUUUAUUAUCUUUUCUGCUUCUGAGACAGUCUCAAGUAGCCCAGGCUGGCUUCCUUCUAAGUACAUAGAGCUAGCUUUGAAUUCCUGAUCCUCCUGCCCCAACUUCCAAGUGCCGAGAUUGCAUUGCAGGGUCUCCAAAACACCUAGCGCCACUUCCCAUACUAAUAGGGACAGUGUCACAAGCCUCCUCAUGCCCCGUAUUCAGAAUUCGUGGACGCAGCUUAGUGGAGGAGCCAUUUGUGUAAGUCAGCACUGUUAGGGAUGUUCGUGGCUACUCACGUGUCUGUGUCCUUCCUCUUUCCCUUAUUUUCAUUCCUUCCCUCUCUUCUUUCCUCUCCUUUUGCCUUUUCUUCCUUUCCCUUUUUUGUUUCUCUUUAUCUCAGGUUACAUAAAGUUGAACUCACCAUGCCUAUUAAUUUUGUAUUAAACAACCCGAUGUGAAGGCCUCAAGGACAAUGUGUAUGCUUGCAUCCUGAUAGAUAAUGAGGGAAACCACCGUUGUUACUUGAGAGGAAUGAAACCAAGUAUAAAUGAGUUAAUUCUGUGUUUGUUUGCAUUAUUUUUAUACUGAGUCUGUGGCCAGUCAAAUAUGAUGGUGUCUCCCACUGGCAUCCUUUGCAGCAAACCAAAUAGGUUCUCCAAGAGCCAUCCAGCCAAUGGUAGCAGCUUUGUUGAACCUUAGGGAGAUGUGAAAUCACUGCCUCUUGUAGCCACUGGGGACCUAUGGUAGAGGAGAUGCUGUGCCUUGAUGUCUCAGAACAUGAUUGCAAAUUUAUUUAAGGAAAUGUCAAAAUUGUACCAUUUGUGAACUUCAUCAAGAUUAAAACAUAUUUUGGAUACAUUU